AUGGUUAACGUGGUCUUAGGGUCACAAUGGGGUGACGAAGGCAAAGGCAAACUGGUGGACCUGUUGGUUGGCAAAUACGACAUCGUGGCCAGAGCCGCUGGCGGGAACAACGCGGGCCAUACGAUCGUGGUCAAAGGCGUGAAGUACGACUUCCACAUGCUGCCAUCCGGGCUGGUUAACCCCAACUGCCAGAACUUAAUCGGUAACGGUGUUGUGAUGCACGUGCCGUCGUUUUUCGCGGAGCUGGAGCAGCUGGAGGCCAAGGGCCUGACAGACGCGCGCGAGCGCCUGUUCAUCUCGUCGCGUGCGCACCUGGUGUUCGACUUCCACCAGCGCACUGACAAGCUGCGCGAGGCCGAGCUUUCUGGCGCCUCCACGGACGGCAAGAACAUCGGAACCACGGGCAAGGGUAUCGGCCCCACCUACGCGACCAAGGCUUCGCGUUCGGGCCUGCGUGUACACCACCUGGUCAACGACGAGCCCGGCGCGUGGGAGGAGUUCGAGACUAAGUACCGCCGUCUGGUGCAGACCCGUCAGCAGCGUUACGGUGACUUCGAGUACGAUGCUGACGCCGAGCUAGCGCGCUACAAGAAGUACCGCGAGGAGCUCAAGCCCUUCGUUGUCGACUCCGUCGUUUUCAUGCACAACGCCAUCCGCGACAACAAGAAGAUCCUUGUCGAGGGCGCCAACGCUCUGAUGCUCGACAUCGACUUUGGUACCUACCCAUACGUGACUUCCUCGAACACGGGUAUCGGCGGUGUCUGUACGGGUCUAGGUCUUCCUCCUCGCGUCAUCGACGAGGUCUACGGUGUUGUUAAGGCCUACACCACCCGUGUCGGCGAAGGUCCAUUCCCUACCGAGCAGCUCAACGAGUCUGGUGAGAAGCUGCAAAACAUUGGUGCCGAAUUCGGUGUUACCACAGGCCGUAAGCGUCGUUGUGGUUGGCUAGAUCUGGUGGUUUUGAAAUACUCCACCCUCAUCAACGGUUACACAAGCUUAAACAUCACCAAGCUCGACGUCUUGGAUACCUUCAAGGAGAUCCCCGUCGGUGUAUCAUACACCCUCAGAGGCAAGAAGCUUGAUUUGUUCCCAGAAGACCUAAAUGUCUUGGGGAAGGUCGACGUGGAAUACGUCACCUUGCCAGGUUGGGAGCAGGACAUUACCAAGAUCACCGAGUAUGAGGACUUGCCUGAAAAUGCCAAGAAAUACCUGAAGUUUAUUGAAGACUUUGUUGGUGUUCCUAUUGAAUGGGUCGGUACCGGUCCCGCCCGUGAGAGCAUGGUGUAUAAGCAAGUCUCCAAAUAA